GUCUCUGAAGAGCACACUGAGACUCCAUGCAGAUAGUUAUACUUGACGCAGAGGAUCAGAAAUCAUGAAGUUUUUCAUACUGGCCGUCACCACACAUGUUCUCCUGUGCUGUGUAAAUGGAGACUGGUGGAAUGAAUAUGAAGAGGCCUUAAAACACUACAGUCAGGAAGAGCUCAGUUAGGAGCAACCAGGAAAAAUUCAGCCCCAGAGCUUCCAGCACCCUCCAUUCCAAUGUCCAGACAUGAGCCCCUCCCCCACCGUGCCCACCUCAGUGGAGCGAGUGAAAGCAGCGGACAUCAAAGUCAUCGCAGCUUUGGGAGAUUCUCUGACUACUGCCAUUGCGGCCAAUGCUUCUAACCUCCUGGGAGUGCCAUUUGAGUAUCGUCACGUAUCAUGGAGUAUUGGGGGUCAUGGAACAUAUCAGGAUGUUAUCACUCUUGCCAACAUUGUGAAACUUUUUAACCCGGAUGUCCUGGGCCCGGCCCCGGUGCGGACCUUACACAACUACCCCACAACUCUUAACGAGACUGGUUUCAAUUUAGCCGUCACUGGACACAACACAGUAAAUUUCUCUGAACAGGCCAGAAACUUGAUCGACACCUUCAAGACCUACCCAGGUUUGAAUUUUGAAGAGGACUGGAAGUUGGUGACUAUCUUAAUUGGAAUGAAUGACAUCUGUGAUUAUUGUAAAGACAAAACAAUAUUUUCCCCUGACAGCUUUAUCUACUACCUCACCGAGUCUCUAGAGAUGAUGAUGAACGAGGUUCCUCGAAUGAUCGUGAACGUGGUGCAGAUCCUUACCAUGAAGCCUCUGAGAGAAGUGAAGAAGCCAAACCUGGGCUGCAUACUUCAAAAAAGUUUCUGUUCUUGUUUGGUCUUGCCUGACGAGAACUCAACUGAACUGGCAGAGCUGGCUGAAGUCAACCAGCAAUUCCAGAGGAAGCUGGAGGAGCUCUUGGACAGUGACCAUUUCUUCAAAGAGGAUUUCGCAGUGGUCCUUCAGCCAUAUCUGACCCACGCCAAGCCACCCAGACUAGCGAACGGCACAAUCGACCUGAGUUUCUUCACUCCAGACUGCUUCCACUUCACCAUCAAGGGUCAUGAGGAACUUGCCAAGGGUCUCUGGAACAACAUGUUUCAGCCUGCUGAUGGGAAGCAGAUGAUCGAUAGUUUCUCAGAUCCAGUAGAACUCAUCUGUCCAUCAGAGGAGCACCCUUACAUCUACACCAGGCCCAAAGCUCUGUCCUCUGCAAACUCUCUGCAAAUCACCUGGACUCUUAUGACCCUCACAGGCCUCCUUACUGUCUGGACGAGUGUACAUUAAGCACCUUCUCAUUCCCUCCUUCAGCUUCAAUACUGUUUAUAGCAUGCACAGAAAAAAAUAAUGCAAAUAUAUUACAUUGGUUUUGGCAGUAAUUAUGUAGAUGUAGUAUAUUUUAUUCAUGUGGAAAUGACGUGCACAUUUAAAUUGAGUAAAUUUAAUACAUCACCUCAUU